CUGCCAGGCCAUCGUGGGCGCCGCAGGAAGCAACAUGACUUAGGGAGGGAAUCUCUGCCCAGAGGUGAGACCCAGACCCCAGCUCAAAGCCCCGCCUCAUCCACACAGGUGCCCUCCUGACCCCUGCACCCCCGGCACCUCCGGGGGCUGCUCCUGCAGCUGGCCUAGCCUCUCCCCAGGUGCACCACCUGUGAUGCAACAGCCUCGAGUGCAGACGGAUGCCAUCGGGGCCGGCGAGGGGCCGCAGCGGGCGCUGCCCUGGACGGCCUGGGUCACGCGGCAGGACUGGGUGCGCUGGUGCCUGUGCCACGUGCCCCAGAGCUGGACCCACUGGUGGGCCACGUCCAGCUGGCGGCAGCCGCUGCAGCGCAUGCUGUGGAACCUGGAGGGGGUCCUCUACCUGCUGCUGGCGCUGAUGCUGUGCCACGCGCUCUUCACGACCGGCUCCCACCUGCUGAGCUCCCUGUGGCCCGUGGCGGCCGCGGCGUGGCGCCAUCUGCUGCCAGCCAUCCUGCUGCUGGUGCUCAGCGCCCUCCCGGCCCUGCUCUUCACCGCCUCCUUCCUGCUGCUGUUCUCCACGCUGCUGAGCCUCGUGGGCCUCCUCACCUCCAUGUCUCACCCAGGCUACGCGCAGGACCAAUAGAAGGGCAACCCAUCCCGCUGCCUGUGUGUGUUAGCCCUGGCCCGAGGCCCGAGGCCCGAGGCCCCGAGGGAGAGGGAGGGCAGGGAGACCAGGGCCUUCCUGCUUCAACCGGCCCAGACGUCCAGGCCCUAGCACAGGUGGUGGCAUGGGUGAGGCUGCUGGAGCUGGCAAGGUAGACUGGCCUGACCCUGGGCACCUCCCGCAAGCUGCUGCUGCUGCAGGUACUUGGUGUGGGGGGCCAGGGGCUAUGAGGAGAAGGGGAUAGGGCAGGAGGCUUAGCUUGGCCAAGCCACUAAGAGCUCCCAUGUGGUUGUGGUGACACCUCUGGGGCCCUCUUAGCAACUGGCAACAUCUUUUUCUUGCAGCUGUCUCAGCUUCAGACUCACUGAGAGCUUCCACCUGGGUACCCCUGGACUCGCCAUGCCUCCCACCAACGCUCUUUUUCCACUUGCUCUAGAAAGGGCCCACUGGCGGGAGCCUAGCUAGAAGGGGGCUGGCCACACGCCCCAGGAGACUCCAACUAACUCACCUCCCAGACCUCCCUGGCCAGACAUUCCCCUGCUUAGAGCCUGCCUCAGUCCACACCCCCGGGUCUGGAAAAUGGGCUGAAUAGGGUAGUGAGAUUCCCAGAGAGUACCCACUCUUUACGUCUCCUGAGGUCUGUUCUGGAAUAACAAACAAGUCCCAUUCCACCCGCCUACACAUGUGGCCUUGGCCAGUUAAUUCUCUUUGAGCUUGUGCUAAGUGCGCCAAAAGCAACACCGAUGUAUGAAGUACUUUGUAAAGUCCAGGAAACAAUAAGAUACUAUAUUGAACUCUUGAGAACGUUCUGUAGACUCAAAAGGUCUUUGGAGCCCCACGGCCAUAGAAAGAGCAAGAAGCUUCCCUAGGCCUGAGGCAAAAAUGUUCUGCCGUGAGCAGAAUCACAGUGGUAAACAGAGGAUGGGAUGGGUGUGGACAAGAUGUAAAAAUGUCAUGUGUCAUGA